CGCGCCAAAAUCCAAGAUGGCGGAUCGUUGACGAAGAAGAAGAUCAAUAAACAAUAUUCAGGGAUUAAAUUUUCUCCAUGGCUGCCGCACAAGGAAUUGGUUUAGGCUUUAACAAAGCGAAAUUAGAAAGACGAAGGCCUUCCAAGCGACAGACGACUCUAAGAACUUUUAGCAUCGUGAGGAACUGGGAAUCGAAAGAAGCACAACCAGUACAGACUCCUAUUAAGGAAGAUGCAAAUGAACAGGAAUUAGUUCGUUCCCCAGUGUUUCCUCCACCCUCCUCUGUAAGAGGAUAUUUGGAGGAGCCACUUACUUUGACCAGUGACAGUGAUGAUGCAGCGAAUUCAUUGGCUGAAACAACCAGCAGUGUUUCAAUUCAACCUGGCGAAGAGAACAGAGACACCAAUAAUAGUCCUGCAACAUCUAUAAUAGUUGACGAAGCUACUCCACUAUCAAUGACAGUACCAGCAACACCAGAAAGUCAUGUACAAGUUGCUUUACAGGUUCCCAUGAAUAUUUCACCACGUGAACCAGUUCCUGAUCAUCAAGAUACUAGAUCAUCUACCACUACUGCUUCUACGAGCAUUGAUUCACAGCCUCCAAGAGUGACACGAGGUAGAAAAAGAAAACAAGACAGGGUGUUGUCUGAGGAAAAGAUGCACAAAAAAGAUGAAGGUGAUGGUGAUGGUGAUGAUGAUGACGAUGCCCAAUACUCAGGCAAUAAUUUUGUUCGCAUCUUCAAUGCCRACCAAGGAAGAAAAGUUACAAUGGGAGAAAUCACUGCCCUUGAUGUUGCACUCACAGCUAUUGAAGAACUUGCCUUAGAGUACAGAGAAGACGUUGAUAGUGAUGUUGCCAGACAGAGCAUCAAAGAUUUUUUUAUUCAUGUCAGAAAAUCAUUUUGUGAAUGUAUUGAUAUGCAGAAAGACUAUCAAACACUGAAAUCAGAUUACAGAAAAGUAAACAGCAGAAUCAAAAAGUUGAGAGGAGAAUUGCUAGAUGUGCAGAAGAGAAGAGCAAGAGUACGAGGAGAACUAGAGAAAUAUGAAAAAGAAGAAAAGGAAAGAGCARAAAAUAACCAGGAUAAAAGUCUACCAUGCAAUCUACCCAGUCUACUCAGCGAAACCCAUGUGCAGUUGAAAUCUUUAUCAGGAUUGAAGUUAUUAAACAGUUCUCUUCAAGAAUUGUUAGAUAUAUAAGAUGUAAUUCAAGUACAUCUACAAUAUAAUGGUAGAUUUGGCUAAGCAAUGACUAGAUAGAGGGAUUUUAUUUGGACCAUGAAACAAAAGUGUAUAUAAGUGUCUGCUCCUUAACAAUUAGACAAUUAGAUUUUAUGGCCUAUAAAUAUUUUUACAAUAUACAAAUAAAAUAAAAUAACAAAAAGAAAAUGUUUAAUC